CUCCACCCUCAAAAUCUACGGAGGAAAGAGCAGGAAAGUGAGGGAAAGGGAGGGAAAAUUUUAGUGAGCAAAGGAAAAUAGAGUGAAAGUUGCAUUAACUUUUUUUGAGAGAAACGGUAGAUUUAGGGAGAAAACAAAGGAAAAGGAGAGAAAUGAAGCACAUUUUCAAGAAGCUACACAGGCCAUAAUCACGAGCCUAAUCGGACCAACGAGACGCCGCCGCCGCCGUCUCCCUCAUGCGCCACCGAUCAUCAACGUACCAUGUCCGGAAACUCUCCGACGAGUCCCUCCACGUCAUCGCCUUCUCCGGCUACUGUUCCGACGAGCUCCGGGAAUACUACAGCAGCGUCGACGGUGUCGGCAAAUAAUAGUACCGAUUACAUGUUGUCGGAGGAGGAGUUCCAGGUUCAAUUAGCUCUAGCGAUCAGCGCGUCGAAUUCGGAGGAUCCCGAGAAGGAUCAGAUCCGCGCGCCGACUCUGCUGAGCUUGGGGGGCCAUCAUCAGAUGGAUACAGGCGGGGAUAGGGAGGUUGUGUCCGCAGAGGAUUUAUCAAGACAUUAUUGGGUGAGUGUUCGUCAACUUUCUCCUCACCUAUUUUGAGGUCGAUUUGGAUUCCGGUUAAUUCAAGUUGGAAUGGGCUUUGUAGUGCUGGUGCUGGUGGAAUGUAGUGAAUGAGCUUACUUAAAUUAGGGGCUUUUGGUCUGUGCCUACAAGCGAUUUUGAAUUUCUGGUAAUUAGAGCAAGUUACCAUUGAAUUGUGUAAAUAUGGCCAUUCA